CUGUUGAUGUGGUUUAUUAUCAUCAAAGUUGUUCAGUUGAUCGGUUUGUUUUUAUAGGCAGAAAAAAAUGGAAAAGAAUGUGCCUGAGCGAAAUAUUUCAUCAAGAAAGGUGUUUGAACUGGUUUUUAAUAUAUUGAAUCAUAUUAGCAUAGUGACUGUUGCGAUCCAUGCAACAUACUACUGUUAUCUCAUGUAUAUGUCAGGCAAAUUGAGGACACAAUAUCAUAUGCAUGUAUGGUUCUGCACGAUUGGUUAUCAAUUGUUAAUGGCUGAAUCGAUUUUGACACUAUAUUCAAACAAUUAUUGGUCAUUAAUCUUUACACCGAAAACAAAACGAAAUGUUCAUUGGAUUCUUCAAGUGGUUGGUUCUGCCAUGGCUAUUUUCGGCUCAGUUAUUUUUUAUUUGGUCCGGAAGUUUCAUUUUAUGCGUCUUCAUUCAAUUCUUGGCCUGAUCUCAUUGAUAUUGGUUGUAAUCUCCGGUUUUAAUGGAAUUUCAGCACUUUGGUCAUAUGAAAUUUUCAAAAAAUAUCGCAUACGACCUGUUAUUUUGAAGAUUUUUCACAAUUUCAUUGGCAUUUCCGCUUUUGUUGUGGGAAUGGCAAGUCUUUACUAUGGACACGACUACCAGUAUUUCGGCAGAUUGGAUGGAACAGAUAUUGACUUCUCCCCUUGGCUGCAAGCGAUAGUAAUUCUUACAACAACACUAUCUCUGACUGGAGCCGUCAUUGCGUUUUACGGCCAAUUCAAAUCUAUUACCGGCUUAUAAAAUAUUUUAUCCGUAAAAAUAUUAAAUUUGGCAGAUAAAAAAUGUUCAACUCUUUUGUAUCAAAGAUCGACUUGGAUCUUAUCUCAAUUUUUAAAAACAAUAACCAAAUUGUAAAUUAUCUGCCUUUGAUCGUGACACAAUGUAAUAAAGGACUUUUUAUUCAUUAA